UCAAUUUGGUAAAGUUAUUAAUUGUAGAAGUUGGAAAAUAAAAUUCGGAGCUCAUCCUUCUGAAAAUAUGGAGAGGAAUGAAAAUCCAUAAUUUUGCUUUCUUUAUUUUCUGCUUAGCUCCUUCUAGAGGUGCAUUAUUUGAUUCAUUAUGUUAUCUGUGCCGUGCAUUUCUUUAAGCAUUUCGUUUUAUUUCCUUCUUUGAUUCUACUAUAAAAAUCAGGUACCAAUGUCACUUUUCUCUUCUUAUUAGGUUCUAUUUGAGGUAUAUUGGGAAAAAAAGGAGCUUUAUGCAUUAAUCAAAAUGGUUUAUUUUGUUGUUCUUUUUUACCUGUUACCCUUCUCCGGAUUUAUCCCGGUGUUGAAAGUGUAUGUUGGGACUAUACUAUAUACAAAACUUACGAUAUUGAAUUUGGUAGAUCUAUGUGGGCAUGCAACGCUAGCAGCUGCACACUUUCUAUUUGCCUAUGGCCUGGUUAAAACUGAUACUGUUGAGUUUUCAACAAGAUCAGGAAUUCUAACUGCCAAAAGAGUACCAGAAGCCAAAGUGCCAAAUUCUGAUCAGGACGAUUGGCGAACAGGUUACUCAAUUGAAUUAGAUUUUCCUGUUGUCCAAGUAGCCGAGACUAGUUUUACUGAUGUUCCUGCAAUUUCGAAAAGCCUGAAUGGUGCAUCCGUGGUUGAGAUCAAUGAGACAUCGAAGGGUGAUCAUUUCAUCUUGCUCCCAUCAGGGGAGGCAGUGGCCGACUGCCAACCUCAGUUUGAUCUAAUAAAAACUUGCCCUGGCAGAGGAAUGAUUAUAACUGGACCUGCUCCACAGGGUUGUGGAUUUGAUUUUUAUAGCCGUUUCUUCUGCCCAAAGCUGGGAAUCAAUGAGGAUCCAGUUUGUGGAAGUGCUCAUUGUGCCUUGGCUCAUUAUUGGCGGAAGAAGCUUGGCAAAUGUGACUUUGUUGCUUUAGCGGCCGCGCCUAGAGGUGGUGUCGUGAAGCUGCAUCUAGACGAGGAGAAGCAGAGGGUAUUUCUGAGAGGGAAAGCUGUUGCUGUCAUGGAAGGUUCUCUUCUAGUUUAAUCUAGCAGUUCACAUCCAUGAGCUUUAUUCACCUGACACUACUAUAAAUUUUAACAAAGUGGUGGAAGUAUGUAAUUUCGAAUGAAAACACUAACAACUGUCUAAUAUCUCUAAAUUGGUUUUUGGUAUGUACUUCACUUUGAGACUUUUGGAGCAUUCUUCUGUUUUUUUAAUAAGUUUCCAGUGUGAAAACAGCUAUUGCUGUGCUUCGCUUUCACAAAUAGCAUCUUGAUCAGAGAGAUGGAAGCUCA